GGUGAUCGUUAAGAGGUCGCUCUCUGAAGAACUGAUGGAACUUCGUCUUCCUCUGAAAGAUUUGGCGUGGUAUAAGACAGAACAUGAAAAGCACGGAACGAGUGGAAAAAAUCCUUUUAAUUCCUUUAAAAAAGUUUCGAUGUCAAAGGAAAGAGAGAGCCUGGAGGUCGCCCGCGCCCAGCUCCUCGAGAGGGAGAAGCUCGAGGACGACCUUCGAAAGCGGAACCUCAGCCUCAUCAAGGGCAGCCCCGCGGAGACCUUCCAGGAGGACUUCAAGAGAUCCCACCCCUUCGUGGUUCAGACGUCGGGCCAGGGAUCGCUGUUCGUGUUGGCGACCAGGGAACUCAAGAAGAGACUCAACCUCAGCAACGAAUUCGUGGCCUUCGACCUCCCGUUACAAGGAACCCUCUCCAUAACCGACGAAUUUUGCAACAAAACCAAGACCAGGGAAGCACCUGCCGACUGCGAGGCGUACAGACGUUACAGGUCCAUCGACGGAACCUGCAAUAACCUCAACAACCCUCUCUGGGGAGCUACACUGACGCCCCUCCUGCGGUACCUCCCUCCUUUCUACGACGAUGAUGAUGUAUAG